AUGCCAGUAGAGAACGGGCCAGGCGGACUGGCUGGCUCAGCCCAGGCCAGCCGAAAACGCAAUGCCCCAUGGGAAGGUCACAGCGGCGACCGCCUCGGAAAGCGACGGUCAUCAAAGGCCUGUCUUUCAUGCCGUAGCCGCAAAGUGCGAUGCGAUGUCGUCAACGGAGGGGUCCCGUGCACCAAUUGCCGUCUUGACGAGCUUGACUGCGUGCUGAAGGAGUCCAACCGCGGCCGCAAGCCCGGGGCGGUCACUCGUCCAAGGGCUCCAGCUGCUGUGAUGUCGCCUCAGCCAUCCAUACGAGUGGCAAGUGCCCAGGAGCCAGAGCGACAGCGGCCGCGACAAACACUGCAGCCUGAGCAAUCGGAGCCGACCAGGCCGUCUAAUCCAUCACCUUGUGAUCAAUCUCUUGAAAGCCCGGACGAGGAUAUUGCUAAUGGGUCAUUAGAGGAGCAAGACCAAUUGCCCAAUGAGGAUGAGCAGAUGGAUGAUACUGGUAUCCAAACUCCUCGACAAAGCCAGCACACGCGCCGUCAAGGAUCGAAUGGCAGAACACCGUCAAGCCUGGCCGGGCGUGACAGCCAAGGUGGGAUGCCGGCUCAUACUGCUGAGGUCCUUCGAGGCGAGGCACCAUCCCGUCUUCCUUCAUACAUUCGCCCUAUCCCUCGCCACCUUGAUGCCAAGGACAUCGACUACCUGAUAGAUAAGCGUUGCCUCGAGAUCCCGGAUGUUGAGUUUCGGGACGAACUUCUACGAGUGUUUAUCACAAUCGUGUACCCAUUCAUGCCAGCUAUCGAGCUAGAGGAUUUUGUCGAUUCCGUGUAUCGCCGCGAUAGUGGCAACCCGGUCAGCCUAUUGCUUUUCCAAUCUAUCAUGUUUGUCAGCAUCGCCUUUGUAGAUAUUGAGUUCCUCCAGGCAAGAGGUUAUCCUAGCCGGAAGUUGGCACGCAAGGCUUUCUUUGACCGAGUCCGGAUUCUCCACGGACUCAACUACGAAUCAGACCGGCUGGCUUUAGUCCAAUCAUUGCUGCUCAUGACAUACUGGUACGACUGUCCCGACGAUGAUCAGGAUACCUGGUAUUGGAUGGGUAUCGCUGUAACAAAGGCGCACGUGAUUGGACUGCACCGAAGUCCCGACCAACUGAAUAUCUCGCCGCAGGAAAAGCGGUUGCGGCGUCGUAUAUGGUGGUGUUGCAUUAUGAGGGACCGGAUGCUAGCACUCACCAUCAGACAACCGCCCAGAAUUCGUGACAACGAAUAUAGUGUCAGGGCUCUCAGUCUGGAUGAUUUUGACCUUAGCCCACCCUCAUCUACUCUGGCGAAUCUGUUCAAAAACUCGAAAUUCGCGUGUCCAGAUUCACAAGAGCAGAGAAUCCUGGCGAGAAUGUGUGUAGAACUGACCAGACUAUGCAUCAUUCUAGGACGCCUUCUACGUGUUGUAUAUACUGUGAUGGGCAGCUAUCAAGGGGGUUCAGAGUAUCUUCUUACAGGGGCCGCAGGUCCAAAAAGAUCGCAGGAACAAGAGAAAACUCUAAAAAAGUGCGCUACAGAUCUUGAAACUUGGAUAGAACAGCAGGACGACAAUUCUCGGUAUAUUAUGGGGUCUAAUGAGCCCCCAUCACGCACAACCGAGAGCAGCCAGAUACAGAGGUUGGCUCACUUCCACCAAGCACAGCUAUAUCUAAUCUAUUUAAUUACCUUGGGUACCUUCCACAGACCUCAGCUAUACUGCGGCACCUCAGACCGGGGUAGCAGCUGUCUCAAUGGGGAAUUGGAGCCAUCCAAAGACCAUACCGUUGCAGACUUGACUAAACUAGGCUUCGACCUUCAACGCAAUAAUCAAAUCCGCUAUCUGUCUACAAUCGCCGUUCCAGCUUUCUUUUCGGUAACUGUUGUACAUCUGCUUGAUACUCGUUCAAACGAUGAGGAGACUCGUAACCUCAGCCUCGGCCGCCUCUAUCAAUGUGUGCACGUCCUUCAACAGUUACAAGAAAUGUACUCAUCCGCCGACUAUGCUAUUCAUUUCAUCAACUCUAUUCUCAGAAACAACAAUAGCGGACUUCAAGCCGCAUCAUUAUUCAUGAAUGUCUCGUUUGGGAAGGUAGAAGGAGAAUGGAAGUCUCGAACAGAACCGAAGAGCAUGGACAUGGGACCAAGUCGAAUUGCUGUGGCAUGUAUGUACCCGAGCCCUAGUGCCUCCGGUAACCUUGACAUGUCAUCAGCAGACCAGGAAGAAAUGAAUGUGGAAGAUUCUGUCUCUGGAACAGUGAGGCAGCAACCCACGCCCCUAUCCAAUGCAAUUGAAACUUGGGCGAGCGCCGGUGGUGGUGCUGAGCCCUGCAGCAUCCAGUUGCACCACGACUCUAUUGCUGGUGCCUCAUUCACGGAUACUUGGUGCGAAGUUGAUAACUUUCUCCCUGAACUUAUGAGUUUUGAAGACGACGCUGGGGCAUUUCUUACUGGGGACGUGUCAGUAUCUCUCUCGUGA